AGCAAACAAAAAACUUGGAAGAUCUUUUUCGAACUCCUCAUUCCGUAAAUCACUUUUUAUCUUUCAUAUUCCGAUAUUUUUAGAAUUGUAGCUUAUUUUUCUGAGUCGUAGCACGUGUUUAUAACGUUUGCAUCAACCACGGUAUUAUCGCCAGCGAUUUGCAGUGAAGAGGGGGGUACCAGGUAUCUGGUUGUAAUUUAUCGCGCGACGAACUUCCUUCGCGUGCCUCGCGUUAAGCACACACGAUCAUGGCGGUAGACGACGCGGACGUGAAGCCCCCUGUCAGCCUUCUCCCGCCGACGGAGUCUUCCGCGCUGGAUGACGAGUCCCCCGCCCCGAAACGCCGUCCUCCCGAGUUGUCGUCCAACCUCCCGGACCUUGUGACGAACCUCCCAGACGUGAACGGGAGUAUCUCCUCUACUUCUGCCCCUCUUCCCGACAUGCCCAAGUACAUUCUCAACAACUACACUCGACUGUACCAAAUGGAUCAGCGUCCCGACUGCUCGGAGGAUCUCUGCGUGCUGGUGCAUACGAACAAGUUGUGUGUUAUUGUGCUGGCGCCGUCGCAUCCCGUGGUGGCCUUGAAAAAAGAGUGCCUUAGCGUCAGUUUCACCGACUGUGAUGGUUCGGAUCGGACGCAGAGCCACGGACAAGGCGCGCGGAAAAAGGGUGCCCAGUUUAUUGAGCACGGCUCGGUAAUCUGCCGCGUCGAGUGUGCCGACCGCAGCAGCUACGUGGUCAGCAGCGGGAUCCGCGGUAAACUCCUCGAAGUCAACACCAAUCUCUCCGCCCGACCGUCUCUCCUUUCCUCAAAGCCUUUUUCCACGGGCUACCUGGCCAUCAUCAUGCCGAACGCCAUGGAGAUGGACAUUAUCCGUGCGUCCCUCCACGACGAAGACAUGUUCCGUCAACUGCGCAAAAUUUAAUAAUUAUACGAGUAUUCAUUCUGUCUUCCCAAUUUUGACCAAUGUACCAACGCGCUUCUCUAAGUAGAAAAAUCUGCCUUUUAAAGUAAUUCAAACUGUACAAAAACCCCGAGAAAAUUGACAAAACUUCCAUGCAUCACUCAAAAAAAAGCAAAAAAUGUCGUGAAGAACUGUGAUGAAUAAAGAUAAAUAAAAACG